UCUACACUCCUUUUUUUUCCCCAUUCUUAUGUCUUCUAUUGCUUGUCUUCCUUGUGUCCAUAUUAAGCACAUUGCCCUCAUUAAUAAUUGCUAUCCUUCACUCAAGGAAGAAAAGACAAUACCUCGAUCCUCAGAACAAAGUUAUCUUUUGUUUUAUGCGACUUCAAGACCUCAAAAAUUGACCAAAGUAGGAUCCUAUUUACAAAAAAAAGUCGCUCGAGAUAUUCGAAAGGGUCGAAAAGGCCAUGAUCUUGUUUCUUUACACCUAGUGAAAUCCUUAAUUCAAUCAUGUCACCGAGAUUUAAACUUGUUUUCGAAAUCUAUCAUUCAAAUCUUUAGUAUGUUAUUGGACACAAGGGAUUUAGAGGUCAUUGAUCUUGUCUGUGAAGAUUUUAUUGUGUUUUGUUCGUAUCAUGAUGGAAGUACAUUGGGUGUGGAUACUGAAUUCACAUUAGAUUAUGAAGCCUUAUUAAAGAAAUUUGCUGGAUUUUGUACUUAUACCAACAAUGACAGUGAAUUUUCGACCAAAAUGCAAUAUAUUGGUCAUCGAGCUAUUCAGGCUGCCAUUACUUCUUCUGCCUUACAAGCUUCGAAUUUCAAGACUCAAUUAUACAUUCUUUUCCCCCCUCUUAUUUCUACUUUGGUUGCUCAUCCCGAUACAAUUUUAGUUGUAGCAAGUAGUAGUGAUGUGCAACAUUCAGCAUUAGAACAACCAUUGAAUCCUCAAAUGAUUGAAUCUUUGGCUGCUUAUACAACCACUUUAUUAUUUAACAGACUUACAGGCCCUUCUAUUCGAUUCUCUCUUACACCUCUAUUCAAUUAUUUCAAUGAAAACGCAUGGUCUUCUCCCAAUUUUGCGAUAAAUAUGAUCAAACUUGUACUCAAUGCAUUACAACCUCAGUAUCGGUAUUUACUUGUAUCUGACAUCUUGUCUCAUUUAGAGACAGAGCCAUGGACAGAGAAACACAUCAUACUUGUGAGUAUGUUGGACACUAUACUCCAUAGCCAUAGUUCCUUGAUGGGCAUUUCAGUUUUGGAAGUCUUGAAUUCCUUGUUCAAUUUGGUUGUCCAACAUCCUUCUUUAGACACACUUGUCCAUGCUAUUGCUGGGCUUGGGUCUCAACUGUAUUAUACAAACCAGUUUAAUGAUAUGAUUGGUUACUUGAUAUCCAAAUUACGACCUCAUACCUCUCUAGAGACAGUAGACAAGAUGCCUAUUGAAAAAUAUCGUGCAUUGGUCUUGACUUGUUUAGAUAGUGUUGUUCAGGGCUACAAGCAAUGCACGACUGGUGCUGUACCUCUAGAAGCCUGGAGUUCAGGACUAGGUCUAUUGGACGACCCACAUCCUCAGACUCGCCUUGGGUUCAGCAAGUCAUUGUAUGGCUUUCUACAAGCAGUGCCUAUCCAUGCACGCCAUGACAUGUUUCUCAGCAAAUUAGUCUAUACUUUAAUGGACUGGAUCACACUAGACAAUUUCAACAAGUCAGAUCUCAUCUCAUUUUAUGCUUUGCUGUGUUUGCUUGUACGCAUAUUUCGUAUGGAUGCCGUGGUCUUGUUGACACCACUUGUGUUUAAGGUCCAAGACCUGAUUCAAAAAAACCAGAUCACCAAUACUGCUCGUCAAUGGGCUAUUCAGACGGGUCUAGUAGACUGGUUUGGUAUGAUAGCUGAGUUUUAUCAUCUAGAGUCCUUGGCUGCCUAUGUUCAUCAGGUCCAAUCUCAGAGACAGAGUGAGGUUGUGUUGACCGAAUCGUCUAUCCCUGAUACCAUACAAGCAUUUGAUUCAGUAAGUAUGGAUACACAUCAAGUUUGGCUGGAUAGAGGUACGGUUGUUGAAAUCAUGUCACAACAAGAAGAAUUACGGGACGAGACAGAUACGCAUGGAUUGGAACUAGAAGCCAAAUUGUUUGCUGAAUGGGAUUCAGACGCUUUCUUACAACGAAAUCAAUGGAAGCAUAUUUUGCCAGACACAAAUGAACUUAAGCCUCGAUUAGCCAGUCCAUGGGAAUACCCUAAUACUAAUGAGCCAUCAUCCCUUCUGCCUCAAGAUAAAAAGAACAAUAUUGGUGUAUCUCAUCUGAAAGAAGCCCUUGUAGGACAAUUCACGGAAGAUGAAGAGACAGACUCAAGUAAUUCAAACCCUUCCCUUAAACGAACCAAUACUGAAAUGAAUGCCUUUCUAAAUGAACUCACAUUGCCUCGGAAUAAUCCUAUGGCACAAAGUACUUUAUCUCUUGUCAAUCCACCUUAUUAGUUUAUUUCUUUCUCUUUUUGAACUCAUUACCUGCUGCCUACAAAUGGAUAUUAAUACAUACUUAUAUACUAUGCUACU